AUGAAAACACUCCUCCUUCCUCUCGCGACUGCUUUGCUCGCCCAACAAGGCAACGCACACUACGUCUUCAACCGUCUUAUCGUCAACAACACCGUCUCAAAAGAAUUCCAAUACAUCCGUGAUGUAACCGGCAACGCCGGCACACGCGAAUCCACCUGGCUGAAGUCUUUCCCAAUCUUCGGCCCAGAAAACGAGAAUGUAACAUGCGGCCGCGGCGCCUUCCCCGUCUCCAACGCCGCAACUAUCGAAACCGCAACCAUCGUCGCCGGCUCGAAAGUCGGCUUCAUGGUGUCCCCUCCUAUGUUUGAUGACGAUCUGAUACAGUACAUUUAUCACGAAGGGCCGGGACAAAUGUUUUUAUCCAAGCUACCCGAGGGUACUGAAAGUCUGAACGACUACGAUGCUAGUGGCGAUUUCUUCAAAAUCGGGUACGCGGGGCCU